GCAUGCGCAGUGAGUUGUCAGCGGCACCGGAACCGUCAGUCAGCUGUGGAGCGAAGGACAGGUCACACCGUCACAUCCUCACACCCACAACCUCUCUGCUCAGCCUCAUGGACGCUGACCACCUCACCAGCGACUAACCAAGUCAGUCAACCCCAGGACACGAGGACAGCCAGGACAUUUGGAUGUCAAAGGCGACUGACAGGAGAUGUGCGCUGCUGUGUAUGUCCUGUCGACGGUAACGGGCUAUGUGCUCACCUCUGCCCUGCUCAUGAAAUGUCCCACUCUUUUGCACCGAAGGAAGCGAGAGAAUUUCCGCAGCAGACACAUUUCCCACCGUGGAGGCGCCGGCGAAAACCUAGAGAACACCAUGGCAGCUUUCAAGCACGCUGUGGAUCUGGGCACAGACAUGCUGGAGUUGGAUUGCCACCUGACCAAAGAUGAACAGGUUGUGGUGUCUCACGACUCCAACUUGAGGAGGGCGACUGGUAUCAGUGCUCAAAUCUCUGACGUCACCUACGCUGAGCUACCUCCAUACCUCUGCAAGCUGGGAGUUACUUUUCAGAGGGAGUGUUUCUGUGAGGGAGGAGAGGACAAAUGCAUCCCUCUCCUCAGGGACGUUUUUGAUGCCUUUCCGAACACCCCUGUCAACAUUGACAUCAAGGUCAACAACGACACACUAAUCAAGAAGGUCUCAGAGCUGGUUGUCAAGUACGACAGAGAACAUCUGACUGUCUGGGGAAACGCUAGCAACCAGAUUGUCAAGAAGUGUUAUAAAGAGAAUCCUCGGAUUCCAGUGUUGUUCAGCUUUCCCAGAGUGCUGCAGCUGUUGGGCCUCUUCUACACUGGCCUUCUGCCGUUUGUUCCCCUCAAGGAGCAGUUCCUAGAGAUCCCCAUGCCCUCCAUUAUCACCAAACUGAGGGAUCCUGACAGAUUAACAAGGAGCCUGAGAUUCAUCAGCUGGCUUGCAGACACUUUACUGAUGAGGAAAACUCUGUUCGAGCAUCUCACUGCCAGAGGCAUACAGGUGUACGUAUGGGUGCUGAACGACGAGGAGGACUUCCAGAGGGCGUUUGACUUGGGAGCCACAGGAGUUAUGACAGAUUUUCCCACCAGGCUUAAAGACUUCAUGGACAGGAAUGGCUUCUCAAAGCCUCAGUGACCUGCCAGACUCUAGCUGACUAAGCUACCUGACUCUAAUCUGUAGUUUAUCAAUAAAAUGGGACAUAAUGGCCAUUGAAAUAUGCAGUUUCCAAGUCUUGAWWWKGSYUUUKRMYUUUUUUUUUUACUGAUGUAAAGAUUUUAUUUUUAUAAUUUAAAUUUUUUGCCUUCUAGUACAGUAAAUGACAGUCUGCAGUAUUACUGCAUGGCAUAUUGUGCUAGUAAAAUCACCAGCAGAUGCAGCUUGAUGUUGAAAUGUAAUGUUCAUUUAUCUGUUUUUGUUUACAGUCUGUCACAUGCUAAUGUUAGCCAGUGUGACGCACGACUUGUCCAGGUGUGUGGAUAUGUGCCAGAUUCAGACAAAACAUCAUUAAUAUGGGCUACUGCUCAAUAUUUACAGUGCGUUUGAAGAAAUUCAACAGAACUGUCUCUAAAAACUUGAUGAUGUUUUUUAAGAUAAAAGAUUGUAUGUUGAGUAGACACAGUUGUAUAUUUGUGUGUAGUUUCAAGAUCAUAUUGAACAGUUGAGGUAUGAUCUGUCCAUUAAUGGAUCUGAGAGAGACAUUUUGCAUCCUAAAAAGAAGAACUUGAUCUUUCUCUUGUUAUUGAUUUAUACCUCUUUCACCUUUGUUAAUGUGAUCUUCAACAGCAGUGAGUUUAUAUUUAACUCAUCUUUAAGAAACAUUCAUGGGUUUUCACAUGUUGAGUGAUGGCUGAAAUUCGAAUUAAGUUUGAAGUUCAAAUUGUUCAAUCAUCGACUUACUUGCAACGCCUCGCUGCGGGCGUCAGUUUGCAUGUGUAAAGAUUAUUAUUAGGGAUGACCAUACCACCGAUGCUCUGGUUUUCAAACCUGUGACCCUGCAGUGAGGCUCAGUAAUGAAUGUAGUAUUGGUUGAAUGUACCGUAUAUUGUUUGGUAAAUUAAAUUACUUCACUUUGUUGUUCACUUUAUAUUGAAAUGAAAUCUGCACAAGUUUAAAUCUGAUUUCUGAUGUUUAUACUUUGUAUUGAAAACAAAUUCACAUCCAUAUAAUUUUUCUAAUGGAGAAAGACUUGAGAUCAACCAAUCGUAUUACAGAUUUUACACAAAUUACUACACUGGAGUAUUCUAACACAAUACCUGUGCAGCAUUCUGUUGGAAUUUAUUUUUGCAUGAAAUCAAUAUCUGAGAAAUUCUGUUUGAAUAUGUUGAGUUUGACAUGUCCACUGUGUGGGUGUGGCCUGUCCAAUGUCACAAGUUGUUGUGCAUUUUCAUCAAU